UUACCUUUUAUCCAAUAUGCCAAAUGUGGUGGAAAUGUUGUCCCUCUCUUGAAUCCCACUGAGAGCGGACUUACCAAAUAACACAAUAAGCAGAUCUAAUUUUGAACCCUGAAUCUGUGCCGCAGAGGCCAUGAGGCUUUCCGCGUCACGUUUGUGAAGGUUGGGAAGAGACGCUCUGCCAGAUGUAACAGGCGCGCUGUCCACAUCGAUAUCAUUCCAGUGGUGAGAUCCAGAGCCUAUCCAGAGACGCGCAGGUUACAGCCUUCAGAAACUGUGCUUGUCCUCGUUAACGGUAAAGAGGAGUUGGGGUACAACCAGGGGACCCCCAAUCGGUGACGUCACAGUAGAAUAGGGGAACGGGGCAGCGAGAGCAGAAAGGAGUUCAACUUUUGUUUGGUCGAGUUAACCCGAACUCCAAGAAACUCCCGGUCGGUCCCUUGUUUUCUCUCGCGAAGGCAACGAAAUGGGCUGCUUUGAGUGCUGCAUCAAGUGUCUGGGAGGUGUUCCCUAUGCCUCGCUGGUGGCCACUGUCCUGUGCUUCUCGGGCGUGGCCCUGUUCUGUGGGUGUGGUCAUGUGGCUUUGACAGGGACCCUGACCAUGCUGGAGAACCACUUUUCACGCGUGCCAACCGACCAUGCCACCCUCACCAACGUGGUGCAGAUCCUGCAGUACAUCAUCUAUGGCAUUGCCCCCUUCUUCUUCGUGUACGGCAUCAUUCUGCUGGCCGAGGGCUUCUACACCACCAGCGCUGUCAAGGACCUGCAGAACGAGUUCAAGACCAGCGUGUGUGGCCGCUGCAUCACUGGCAUGUUUGUCUUCCUGACUUACAUCCUGGGCCUGGCCUGGCUAGGCAUCUUUGGCUUCUCGGCGGUGCCAGUCUUUCUCUUCUACAACAUGUGGACUACCUGUAACGCCAUGAAGUCACCUGUGGCCAACAUCACCUCCCCUGAAAACAUCUGUGUGGAUGUCAGGCAGUACGGUGUGAUCCCCUGGAACGCCACGCCUGGAAAAGCCUGUGGCUCUACCCUGAAUGACAUCUGCAACACUAGUGAUUUUUACCUGUCCUACCACCUGUACAUUGUGGCUUGUGCCGGCGCUGGAGCCACUGUCAUUGCUCUGAUCCACUAUCUCAUGAUCCUGGCAGCCAACUGGGCCUACCUGAAGGACGCCUGCCAGACCCACGCCUACCAAGACAUCAAGACCAAGGACGACCAGGAGCUGACGGACGUGCAGUCACGCUCCAAGGAGGCCAUCAACUCCUACUCAUAAGGGCCAGACCACAGCACACACACACACACACACACACACACACACACACACACACACACACACACACACACACACACACACACCCCUCUCCGUCACCACCCUUUUCCCUCUCCUCUCUUUCUCUCUCUCAAACACACACAUACAGUACAUGCAAGCACAUGCAAACAUACACAGAUACCAACACACACACACACACACAAACACACCCACACACACACAUACACACACAAACACAUAAGCACACACAGCUGCAAUCCCCCCACCUCAACCCUCAGGCUGCACACUGCUGACUAACAUGGCUCAGUGCUGCUUCUCCCUCCCACCACGUGACAUGACAGCCUUGUGAGGCUCCCAUAACCGUGACAUGAACACCGGCUUGUCGUUUUUUCAAAACUUUUAUUUUUUUGUUUCUUUUUAAAAAAAAAAAAGAAAUAGUUUUGUGGCAAUGCAUGUGAAAUGCCUUAAUGGAGUCGCAGUGUGUUCAGUUCGUUUCGGGUCCCGCUGUAGGUCACAGGAGGACCGAAUGGACGCGAGCACGCUGUGACCCUGUCGGGUGAUUUUUCCAGUGUUUGUGGUGGACUGUCUAAAAGUGUCCGUGUGUCGUGUCAAGACUGUGACGCCUCAGCUCAUGCUUCAUGGCGCGUGGUGGAGGCGAAGUGCCACCCACAACUCUUAACUGUCUGCACUAACUCAACCAGGACGUUUCACAGGAACUUCCUUUUUUUGGUGUUUUAUACAUUUAAAUAUAAAUAUAAAUAUAUAAAUAUAUAAAUAUAUAACUGUGUGAAUGUGUAUGAAUGUUGUUGUUUUUCUAACUCUUAAAAAGUAUGUCAGGUUUAAUAUAACCUCUUUCAGCUCUCUUGCUCUCUCUCUUUCUCAGUUACUUCCUACAUUUUUGUUUUCUGAACCUUUUUUAUGGUUAUACUUGACACAUUCACUGCUGUAAAAUCAGACAAAAUCCACACUCUUUCAUAACUCACACACUUAUAAAAAAAAUCAGACUACAGAUCUGUGUGGAUCACUUUUACUCGGCUAAAUUCAGAGAAAACAGCGGCAAAAAAAGAAAAAAAAUGUGAGGAUCUGCUAUUAAUGUCGCUAUUUCAAUGGACAAUUUCACAUUAAUGCACAGAAGUGGAAAUAUUAUAGGGUAUGCUUGUCCUCAAAUAUAUAACAUGCCUGAAGAAUGAUAAAUAUUUGGUUUGCACAUAUUGUCUCAAGUAAGCUUAUAAUUUAUCAGACUGAAUAUUUUGAUCUCAGCUCUAGAACAUUCUACAACUCUCUGAAGGGAUAUCCUUUAAAAAAUCAAGCAAUCAUAUUCUUGGCAUUUUUAUCUUCCCGGUGGAAAAUUAAUUUAAAGUAUUGCUUAUUGAUAUUUUUUAUUUCUUUUUGAAUUUUAACAAUGUUGGUCUUCACAGUGUUCAAAGAUGCAGCCAUGUAACAUAUAUUCUUGAAUCGGUGGAAAAAAAAGUAAAUUAACUAUCUAUAUAAUCUUAGUGUUUUGACUCAGCAGUUUGAUGGCAGCUGACACUUUUCCUAAAUGAGCUACUGUGUAACAUUGCUUGGAUUUUAUCUUGGGAUUGAUUUACAAACUUGUGGUUUUAGCAGCAUUUGUGUCCUUAUUCUACUCUCCUGGCAACCCUGGUGGUAACCUGACAUGUCUGUGGAAUACUAACUAACUCUCCAUGUUAUUGGAUAAGUGCUCCUGAAAACUGCCAUGUUAACAUCCACUGUGUCACAGUACGGUAUUUAUGGUCAGGCACCUUUUUUGGGGGACUGUCUUUGAAGGGCCCUCCUUAACAGCAUUGCAACACUCAUGGCAUGAAUCAAGGCUUAAGAUGUAUUUAAUGUAUUUAAUACAGCUAUGUCCAUCCAUACAACUUCAACUCCUGUCAUAUUACUUGGCAUGCCAUGGCUAUGUAGCCUGCAACAUAUUGACACAAGAUAUUCCAUAAUGUUCUAAUUCUAAAUGAAUGCUUAUUGAUGUGUCACUUGCAUUUCAUGUUGGAAUUGUGUGGUUAAGAAGGCCCCCAUCAAAGAGUAAUUUGUCUCCCUGAGUUAUUAUAUUUAAAGGUUUUUAACCACUCUUACACAGUUGUGAUUAAUCUUUUAGCAUACAGUUUUUUUCUUUCUUUUUAAAGUUGAAAGCAUGUUACCCACACCAAGGUUGAACUGCAAAAACCAUAACCUGUGUGUUUUGGUUCCUGCCAAUGUGUCCACCGAUCGCAAUCUCAGUCUUGAUCUCUCCCAUUUUUGUAUCAGAAGACGUGUGCCUGGAUGUUUUGUUGUUCCCUUUUUAUUGCAUGAUGGAAAGAUAACCUUGACCUCCUCUCCCUAAUCUGUAGGUGAUGUGAUGUCAGAAGUAUGGUAGGCAGUGUUCACCCUUGUAAACCCCUCCCCCUCUUUCUCAAGAUAAUCCACUGUGCUUUGAUGGAAUUGUAGUUCUAGUUGUUCCAUAGUCCAUUUUCUUUGGAAAAAGUUGACGGUUUUAUGACUCCUGUAUAGUGAUGAUUUUUGUACCCUUCUCUAGUAAAACUGAUAUUUUCUAAGAUCGCCAA